AUGGAGGAGAAGAGGAGAGUGCUAGAGAGCCAAGCGGAUUGCACUAACAAGAGGUUGGAAGAGGAGAUUGCAAGGAGGAAGGUUGCGGAGGAGGAACUGGGAUGGUUGCUUCAGAAAGGCAUUGUUCGAGUGGUAGAUAAGGCAAUGCUUGCUGGUAUAAAAUCUUUCAUGGAGCCGGACUUUGCCUCCUACCUUCGCCUAGGUGAGUUGGACAUAUGGGGCCUUCGUCAGAUGUGUGAUGAUCUAGACUCCGAAGAAGGUCAUCUUGAAGGUAGUGCUUCUCAUGUUGGACCUUCUUCCACCCCUCAGGGUGUUACUGUCGCUAAGCCAUCCUUUGUUCUGAACUUUACUAUACCAUGUAUUGUUGACGACAUGGCUUGUAGCCGGAAGAGGGCAGGUCGCCCCAGGAUCAUAUCGUCUUCUGACUUAUGUUUAACUACUAAGAACUCGAUUAUUCUUGUUACCCUUUCCUUUCCAUCAUGGCUGAGUAAUGUCAACGGGAGGUUUAUGGUCCUGAGUGGCCAUAGUUUGUGUCCCGUGAAGCCAACGAGUGGGGCUCGGGUUGGUGGUCUUAGGCUUCUCUUCCAGGAUGACAGGAGUCGCUCGAGGCAGUACUCGUAUAGGAUGUCGGUGCUGCUACCUCCGUCGGCCAGGACUCACCAGAUCUAA